UUACUGGUAUAACUUGCUUUUGGGUCCGAGCAGGUUUUUUGUGCCUGCCGGGUAAAGUGGUGUUGAAUUGCGAGUAGGAUGCUGGCUCUGGGGCUGUAAAUAGUAUAGACGUGUCCAUUGAGUGCCAUUACAGGGAAAUUUGUUUUAAGUCCAGGAGCUUUAUGGCCAGAGAGCCUGGCUGUGGCGUGGGAACCAUGCUUCAACUCCUGGCUUCUGGAGAUAUGCAUCCCAGUCUCGAGACAGUGCGUUGCUGGUCAGUGGGGAACAACUGGUCUCAGAUCUCCUCUCUGCCCUGUGAGCCUGGCAGGGUUGGGAGCCCCAGGUGAACCCUGUUGCUCUCUCUGGGUUAUGUGGUGAGGCCUCACCUGGGUCCUGUACAGGCAGGAGUGAUUCGAGGUGGGGGGUGUUCCACACCCAGCACCUCCCAAAACCACCCUGCUGAGCCCAUGUCCGGAUCAGGGCUGUGGUUCCUUGGAGCAGGGCAGCAGUGAGUGCUCCCUGCCCCAAAACAUGCUCCCUGUCCAUGGUGCAAAUCCCUACACCUGUCUCUGCCCUCUUCCUGGCCCUCUGUCUGUGCCCGGUCAGCUGGGGAGCAUCCAAGAUGAAAUCAGGGAUGUUGUGUGUGGGGAUCCUGGGAGCAUCCGGGGAGGUGCAGAGGAUUGGCCUCUCUGGAGAGGGGACAGAUGCUGUAGUCAUCCUGGAAAAGACUCCUUUCCAGGAGGAGAAGAUCCCGGACUUGCUGAAGAAGGCGAUGAAGGCGGAGCUGCAGAUGCAAAACGACAUUUACUGCACGUUCUACCUGAGCCCUCCCCCGGAGCUGAGCGAGAUCAAGGCCACAGUGGUGUACCCUGCCACGGAGAAACACAUCCAGAAGUACCUCCGGCACGAAGUGCACCUCAUCCGGGAGACCUGGGAGGAUUACCAGAACAUAACCCUGCCCUUCAUCCAGUCCCAGAGCUUCAGCAUCCAGUGGGUGUAUAAUAUCCUGGAGAAGAAAGCUGAGACCGAGAGAAUCGUCCAUGAAAACCCAGAUCCUUCCAAUGGCUUUGUUCUAGUUCCAGAUUUAAAGUGGAAUCAAAACCAGCUGGAUGACCUGUACCUGGUGGCUGUCGUGCACCGCCGGGAGAUCAAGUCUCUGCGGGACCUCACGGCCGAGCACCUCCCGCUGCUGAGGAACGUCCUGCAGGAAGGGAAGGAGGCCAUAGUGAAGCGGUUUGGGGUGCCAGGCUCCCAGCUAAGGAUCUACCUGCACUACCAGCCCUCCUACUACCACCUGCACGUGCACUUCACCGCCGUGGGCCACGACGCGCCGGGCAGCUCUGUGGAGAGAGCCCAUCUCCUGGCUGAUGUCAUCGACAACCUGGCCAUGGACUCCACCUUCUACCAGAAACGGGCCCUGACCUUCCCCCUGCGGGCUGAUGAGCCCCUGUUUAAGAAGUUCCAGGAGGCAGGAAAAGUGUGAGCAGGGAGAGGUGCUUUUGUAUCAUAUUUUUUUAAUGAAUAGCUCUUUUACUGGUUUUUUUUGUUUGUUUGUUUUUUUAAGGUUUUGUUGCUUUCGUGUUUUUUAACUCUGUUUUUGUACAAGGUGGGGCUGAUGAUCCUUUGCUAUGGAAACUGUGUUGUCUGUUGAAGUCCAUUAAAACAUUGAUUGAAUAAA